AUGGCAAACGAGCAGAUAUCGCUGCCGUAUCUGGUGGUGAUUCUGCUGGUCACGGCGUUUGUGAUCCGGUUCCUCUUCUUCUCGCCAGCCCCGCCGCCGGCGCCGCGGCAGAGCGCCCAGUCGGUGCUGCGCACGCGCGAGGCGGCGGUCGAGAGGAUACAGCAGAUGUUCCCGCAGGUAGACCGACGGACGAUCCUCUGGGACCUGCAGAGAAACGGCGGCAACAUUCAGGCGACGUCGGAGAGGAUUCUUGCAGGGCGGAUGGAGACGGUAAGUGCCUGGUUACCUGAUUCAGCUCGGCCGGGAUGGGAGAGUUGCCGCGAUGGUGGCACUAGCGACGGUGACGCUGGCAAUGGUUUUAUGGCACCCGCCAGAGCUACUUGUCACGACACCGGGCAUCAUCUUGCAAAGCGCAGACUUGCUGACUAUAACACGACUCCUGCAGCCCCCAUCACGUUCCAACCUCCUCCCCCACCGGGAGCCAACAACGCAGCGGCAAGCUCCUCAGCACCGGCCAAGGCGCCCGAGAAGCCGACGCAGCCGGACCUGAUUACGAGAUACAAGCUGCAGGACAAGAUCGCGGCCCAGGAACGGCAGCAGGCCGAGGCGGAUGCUGCGGCGGAGAGGGAGAAGGCCAGCAGGGGGUGGAGCUCGAACCGGGACGAGAGGCAGUCGCUACUCCAGAAGCGGAGGGACGAGAUGAUUCUUGCGGCGAGGCGGAAGAUGGAAGCCAAGAUCGCCGCGGAGAAGGCGGCGAGCUGA